CCCGAGCUGCGGCCAUGGACCUGGCAGAUCCAACCUGCCCUGGCUCAGCUCAACACCUGAUUUCGGCGAGGUGACUAUUCUGGCUGCUAGAGUGAGCGUGCCAGCCUGGGUGAAGGGGCAGAGACAGGGCCUGAUGUCGGAGGCCAUGGACCAGCCAGCCGGGGGUCCCGGAAGCCCGAGGCCAGCAGAGGGUGGUGACGGUUGCAUGGAGCUGGGCACCUGCCAGGAGCUUCUGCACCGACUGCGGGAGCUGGAGGCAGAGAACUCGGCACUUGCCCAGGCCAAUGAAAACCAGCGGGAGACUUAUGAGCGCUGCCUGGAUGAGGUUGCCAACCAUGUGGUGCAGGCGCUGCUGAACCAGAAGGACCUGCGAGAGGAGUGCAUCAAGCUGAAGAAGAGGGUAUUUGACCUGGAGCGGCAGAACCAGAUGCUGAGCGCCCUGUUCCAGCAGAAACUCCAGCUCACGGCAGGCUCGGGCUCGCUGCCUCAGAUUCCACUCAUCCCAGUCCAGCUGCCAUCAGAGCCACCAACCUCCCCCUCCCUGAGUUCUGCUGAGGGACCAGCCACCUCACUGCCUCUGGGGCGCUGUGCUGGGCAGAGAGAGGUGUGUUGGGAGCAGCAGCUGCGGCCAGGAGGCCCAGGCCCUCCAGCAGCCCCACUCCCAGCGCUGGAUGCCCUAUCCCCAUUCCUUCGGAAGAAAGCCCAGAUUCUGGAGGUGCUGAGAGCCCUGGAAGAGACUGACCCCCUGCUUCUCUGCUCAUCUGCUACCCCCUGGAGGCCUCCAGUCCAGGGUCCUGGCUCUCCAGAGCCCAUCAAUGGCGAGCUGUGUGGCCUGCCCCAACCCGAACCCUCUCCCUGGGCUCCCUACCUACUACUAGGCCCUGAUAGCUUGGGAGGCCUGCUGCACUGGGAGCGCCUCUUGGGGGUCACGGUGGAGGAAGAGGGUACUGGACGGCCCUGGGGCCCUAGCAGGGGUUCCCCCCAGGCCCAGGGCACCAGCUCUGGCCCACACUGUGCCCCAGGCAGCAGCUCCUCUUCCUCUUCUGAUGAGGCAGGUGAUCCCAAUGAAGCACCCAGCCCUGAUACCCUGCUUGGUGCCCUUGCCCGCAAACAGUUGAACCUGGGCCAGCUCCUUGAGGACACAGAGUCUUACCUACAGGCCUUCCUGGCCGGGGCUUCAGGCCCUCUCAACGGGGACCACCCAGAUCCUGGGCAGCCAUCCUCCCCAGACCAGGGGCCCCCACAGCUGUCCAAAUCCAAAGGCCUCCCCAAGUCAGCUUGGGAUGGGGGCACCCCAGAGGCCCACAGGCCAGGCUUUGGUGCUACCUCGGAGAGCCAGGGGCCCCUGCCCUUCCUCAGCAUGUUCCUGGGUGCAGGGGCUGCCCCACUUGGCUCACGGCCUGGCCACACCCCCUCUUCAUCUCAGGUGAAAAGCAAGCUCCAAAUUGGCCCCCCUACCCCUGGGGAAGCCCAGGGACCCCUUCUGCCCUCUCCAGCAAGAGGUCUCAAGUUCCUGAAGCUUCCUCCAGCCUCGGAGAAGGUCCCCAGCCCAGGAGGCCCCCAGCUCAGCCCCCAGCUUCCCCGGAACUCCCGAAUCCCCUGUCGGAACAGUGGCUCAGACGGCAGCCCCUCCCCACUGCUGGCCCGAAGGGGUCUGGGUGGAGGUGAGCUGUCCCCCGAGGGGGCGCAGGGCCUGCCCACCAGCCCUUCACCCUGUUCCACAACCCCGGACUCUGCACAGCUCAGACCCCCCCAGUCAGCCUUGUCUACCACACUGUCCCCAGGACCAGUGGUGUCUCCCUGCUAUGAGAACAUCUUGGACCUUUCCCAGAACACCUUUAGGGGGCCUUCUCCAGAGCCACCUCCAUCCCCACUGCAGGUGCCCACUUACCCACAACUGACUCUGGAGGUACCACAGGCCCCUGAGGUCCUCAGAAGCCCUGGAGUCCCUCCCAGCCCUUGCCUCCCAGAAUCCUGCUCCUAUGUGAGCCCCCAGGAGAAGAGUUUGGACAAGGCAGGCUUGGAGUCUCCCCAUCCUGGCCGCAGGACCCCAGGCAGCUCAUCCAAGAAGCCCAGCCAGGGGUCAGGGCGGCGACCUGGGGAUCCUGGCUUCACACCUCUGCGGGACAGACUGGCAGCCCUGGGGAAACUGAAGACGGGCCCUGAGGGGCCCCUGGGCCCAGAGAAGAAUGGGGUGCCAGCCAGGCCUGGCACUGAGAAGGCCCGGGGACCAGGGAGGUCAGGGGAGAGUACUGGGGACAUGGUGCCCUCCACCCCCAGGCUCCCUGAGCUUCCAGAAGCUAAGGGGGCCCUGCGGGGGGCAGUGGCCUUAGGCACAAACAGCCUGAAGCAGCAGGAGCCUGGACUCGUGGGGGAUCCUGGGGUCCGAGUCUACUCCUCCCACUCCAUGGGGGCCCGGGUGGACCUGGAGCCUGUCUCACCAAGGAGCUGCCUCACCAAAGUGGAGCUGGCCAAGAGCCGGCUGGCAGGGGCCUUGUGCCCCCAGGUUCCCCGAACCCCUGCCAAAGUGCCAACCUCAGCCCCCAGCCUGGGCAAACCCAAUAAGAGCCCUCAUAGCAGCCCUACAAAGCUACCUUCCAAGUCCCCCACCAAGGUGGUGCCCCGACCUGGGGCCCCCCCAGUCACCAAGGAGCCCCCCAAGCCUGACAAGGGGAAGGGCCCACCUUGGGCAGACUGUGGCAGCACCAUGGCCCAGCCCACACCCCUAGCACCUGGCCCCGCUAACCCAAGCCAGGGCCCUGAGGGACCUGCCCCACACUCAGCCAUCGAAGAGAAGGUGAUGAAAGGUAUCGAGGAGAAUGUGCUGCGACUCCAGGGCCAGGAACGGGCACCCAGCACUGAGGCCAAGCAUCGCAACACCAGCAGCAUCGCCAGCUGGUUUGGCCUUAAGAAGAGCAAGCUGCCAGCGCUGAACCGCCGCACAGAGGCCACCAAGAGCAAGGAAGGGGCCAGCGGGGGCUCCCCACUCCGGAAGGAGGGCAAGGUAGAAGCCCGGAAACUGGAGACCGAGAGCCUCAACAUCUCCAAGCUGAUGGCCAAGGCAGAAGACCUGCGCCGGGCCCUGGAGGAGGAGAAGGCCUACCUGAGUAGCAGGGCCCGGCCCCGGCCUGGGGGCCCAGCCCCAGGGCCCAGCACAGGGCUGGGGCAGGUGCAGGGCCAGCUGGCCGGCAUGUACCAGGGUGCAGAUACCUUCAUGCAACAACUGCUCAAUAGGGUGGAUGGCAAGGACCUGCCACCCAAGAGCUGGCGGGAGCCCAAGCCUGAGUAUGGGGAUUUCCAGCCAGUGUCCUCUGACCCCAAGAACUCUUGGCCAGCCUGUGGGCCCCGAAAUGGCUUGGUGGGCCCUCUUCAGGGCUGCGGAAAACCUCCUGGAAAGCCGAGCAGUGAGUCAGGGAGGCGGGAAGAGAUGCCCUCAGAGGACAGCCUGGCCGAGCCAGUGCCCACCACACACUUCACAGCCUGUGGCUCCUUGACUCGAACCUUGGACAGUGGCAUUGGGACCUUCCCACCCCCAGACCAUGGCAGCAGUGGGACCCCCAGCAAGAAUCUUCCCAAGACCAAGCCACCACGGCUGGAGCCCCCAAUACCACCAGCUCGGCCCCCACCCUUCACCAAAGUCCCCCGCCGUGCCCACACGCUGGAACGGGAAGUGCCAGGCAUAGAGGAGCUGCUGGUGAGCGGGCGGCACCCCAGCAUGCCAGCCUUCCCCGCACUGCUCACCACUGCUCCAGGCCACCGGGGCCAUCCGACCUGUCCUGAUGAUCCCUGUGAAGACCCAGGCCCUACCCCUCCUGUCCAGCUGGCCAAGAACUGGACCUUUCCCAACACAAGGGCAGCCAGCAGCUCCUCUGACCCUUUCUUGUGUCCACCCCGACAACUAGAGGGGCUGCCCAGGACGCCCAUGGCCCUGCCCAUGGACCGAAAGCGGAGCAUGGAGCCUGGUCGCCCGGCCGCCACACCCCAGGGCCCAGCAUUUGGGGGCAGCCGCACCCCCAGCACAUCCGACAUGGGCGAGGAGGGCAGAGUGGCCAGUGGGGGCGCUCCAGGGCUGGAGACCUCCGAGUCUCUCAGUGACUCGCUCUAUGACUCGCUCUCCUCCUGUGGGAGCCAGGGCUGAGGGGCUGCACCACACCACGGCCCCCUCUGGAGUUGGAGACCACAGAUUGGACUGGCCCUCCAUGCCCCACCCCCUCUCUGAAGGGACCAAGGAGGCAGGUGGAUAAGAAGGCAAAGGGGUCCCUGGCACACUCCCCUGCCCACCGCUGCUGUGGAUGAGAUGAUGCGCUCAGCUCAGGGAGAGACCCCACCCUUGGUCCCUUCUCUCACCCAGAGUAAGGCUCUUCCUCUAAGGGGCUCGGGGCUCAAGGCCACUGUGUCCCAGCCCCCAGCUCCUAUUAUAGGCUGAGCCAUCUUGUGGUGCUGGGCUUCCUGCCCACCAGCUGUGCCAUCUCUGCCCAACCUGGCUGCUGCCCUGCCCCGAAGCCCCCACGGGGCCAUUCCGGAAGCCUCCAUGCUGGUGGAGUUUGGGGGUGAGGGGGACGAGUUGCCUUCUCUCUCUUCCCUAGUCCUCCCUGCUGUCUGGAUGGUGCUGCCCUCCUCUGCCCCAUGUCUUUGGGGUCUGUUUGUCUGUCUUUUUUGUUGUUUUUUUUUAUAUUAAAGUCCCUGGCCCAGUCCUCACCCUCCAUCCCUGCACUGCGGUUAAUUUAUCUGUUGUUAAUAAUGCGGCUGCUCUGCUUCCAGCCUCUGCUUCUGCCGUAUCCCUAAUAAAGCGUGGAGGCC